AACUCCCACAGACAAUAAAAAAAGUUUUAAAAGAAAGGGGUAACGGAACGAGAAGCGCCAUGGCAUCUUUGGGGCUGCAGAUUUUAGGAGUUGCCCUGUCCUCUGUUGGGUUGCUUGGGUCUAUCAUGACCUGCAUCCUUCCAAUGUGGAGGGUUACAGCUUUCAUCGGCAACAACAUCGUGACGGCGCAGGUCGUAUGGGAGGGACUGUGGAUGUCCUGUGUGGUUCAGACCACGGGGCACAUGCAGUGCAAAGUGUACGAUUCAUUGCUCGCCCUGUCCCCGGACCUGCAAGCCGCGCGCGCUUCGCUCGUCCUCUCCAUCGUGCUCUCUGUCUUCGCCAUUCUCCUGGCGGUCGUAGGAGGCAAAUGCACCACCUGCAUCGAGAACAAAACCGUCAAGGCAAGAGUUGUUAUAUCUGCAGGGGUGUUUUUCAUCAUCAGUGGACUGCUGUGUCUCACACCCGUCUGCUGGUCAGCGCACAUCAUCAUCCGGGACUUCUACAACCCGCUCUUGAUGGACGCGCAGAGACGGGAGCUCGGGGCGUCGCUCUACACGGGCUGGGGCUCCGCGGGGCUGCUGCUCACCGGGGGAGCGAUACUGUGCUGCCAGUGCCCUCAGAAAGAACCACGAGCAUUCGCCCCCAAAUACCCAGCACCGAGGUCUAACGCCUCGGAAAAAGAAUAUGUAUGAAGAACAUUUAAAAAUUUUGUCUAAGUUUGAUUUUAUUUUUGUAUUAUAGACUAUUAAGUUCUAAGUAAUGAUAAAAAAGUUAGGCUACAUUUUUGACAGUAUGGACUAUUAAUCCAGUUGUUUAAAUAUAACCUAUAUGUGAAUGUAGCCUACAUGAUUAGAUAGUUUUAAUAUUAAACAAUUCUGUUGUUGUAAAAAUAGGCCUAAUUAAUAAAAGUAAAACUAAUGAAUUAAUUAAUGCUGUAUUUAAUUAUUGUCGUCACGUUAGUUUAUGUUGCUGUUGGAAUGCAGUAUUAUUGCAAAUGCAGUAUUAUUAUUAAAACAAAGAUUGCAUAUUUCCACCUUCCACAUUAUUUUGAUGAUCAACACGUUUUCAGUUUCUGCCAUUUUGAUCAUUUAUGUGUAGGGAGCAGAAGGCUAUAGGCUAUGUGGCAUACCAAGUAAGAAUGCCUGUUUGUUAUCAAAAUAAAUAGGUAAAAAUAAAUAACAAAUGUUACCCCUACCGUGAUUACUUGGUGUCUUA